AUUACUAAAAAUUGGUUAAUAAUCGAAAUUAACAAUUUGUAUUUGCAAUUAUAGUAACUCGUAAGAUUGAUCAGCAAACAAAAUAUGGCUCAAAAGGUGGACGCAAAAGGAGGGAAAGCAGGCAACCAAUGGGACGAUGGAUCCCAACAUGACGCCGUGACCAAGAUUCAGGUCGCAGCAGGCGCAAAUGGAAUUCAAUACAUUCAGUUCGAUUAUGUCAAGAACGGACAAACCGAACAAACUCCUAUUCGCGGUAUCAAAGGCCGUACCAUUCCAGCUGAUCCGUUUGUGAUUAACCAUCCUGAGGAGCAUCUAGUUUCUGUAGAAAUUUGGUAUAGACCUGAAGGUGUUGUUCAAGGGCUUAGGUUCGUAUCCAACAAAAAGACUUCUGGUUUCAUUGGAUAUGAUCUUGGUACUCGAUUCAUUAUGCAAGUUCAAGACAAGAAGAUCAUUGGCUUUCAUGGGUCUGCGGGAGACAAUCUUAGUUCUCUUGGGGCUUACUUUGCUCCGUUGACUAGUACAACUCCGUUGACUCCUGCCAAGCAGCUACCGGCACUUGGUAGUGAUGAUGGAACUGCAUGGGAUGAUGGUGCUUACGUUGGUGUUAAGAAGGUGUACGUAGGACAAGCCCAAGAUGGUAUCUCGGCCGUUAAGUUUGUGUACGACAAAAGCCCUGAGGAGAUCGUAGGAGAAGAACAUGGAAAGAGUACUCUACUCGGAUUCGAAGAGUUCGUACUUGACUAUCCAAGUGAAUACAUCACCGCAGUGGAAGGCACCUAUGAUAAAAUCUUUGGGAGUGAUGGCUCAGUCAUAACUAUGCUUAGGUUCAAGACUAAUAAGCAAACGUCACCUCCCUUUGGACUUGAAGCUGGCACAGCCUUCGAACUCAAAGAGGAAGGCCACAAAAUCGUUGGCUUCCAUGGAAGAGCCGUAACUCAUAAGACUGGUAAAAAGCAAAGAACGAUGGCUCAAAAGGUGGAAGCACAUGGAGGGAAAGGAGGCAACCAAUGGGACGAUGGAUCAGAACACGACGCUGUGACCAAGAUUCAGGUCGGAGCAGGUGGACUCGGCAUUCAAUACGUACAGUUCGAUUAUGUCAAGAAAGGACAAACUGAAGAAGCUCCUCUUCGCGGCAUCAAAGGCCGUAGUAUCGCAGCUGAUCCGUUUGUGAUCAACCAUCCAGAGGAGCACUUGGUUUAUGUAGAAGGUUGGUAUAACCCUGAAGGUCUUAUUCAAGGGCUUAAGUUCAAAUCCAACAAGAAAACUUCUGAUGUCAUUGGAUAUGAUGAUGGUACUCAAUUCACUCUCCAAGUUCAAGACAAGAAGAUCAUUGGCUUUCAUGGGUUUGCCGGAGACAAUCUUAAUUCUCUUGGGGCUUACUUUGCUCCGUUGACUACUUCAUCCCCGUUGAUCCCUGCCAAGAAGCUUCCAGCACUUGGUAGUGAUGAAGGAACUGCAUGGGACGAUGGUGCUUAUAAUGGUGUUAAGAAGGUGUAUAUAGGUCAAGGACUCGAUGGUGUGUCAGCGGUUAAGUUUGAGUAUGUCAAUGGUUCUCAAGUUGUUAUUGGAGAUGAACGUGGAAAGACUACUCUACUCGGCUUCGAAGAGUUCGACAUUGAUUAUCCAAGUGAAUACAUCACGGCUGUGGAUGGCACCUGCGAUAAAAUAUUUGGAAGUGACUCUGCGGUCAUUACCAUGCUUAGGUUCAAGACUAAUAAGCGAACAUCAAAUCCCUUUGGUCUUGAAGCUGGCAUAGCCUUUGAACUUAUAGAGGAAGGCCACAAGAUUGUCGGAUUCCAUGGAAAAGUCAGUGAUAUUCUUCAUCAAAUUGGAGUCCAUGUCCUCCCCAUCACCAACUGAUCAUGACAUCUUUCUCUUUGAUUCCAUCUAAUAAGUUAUCAGACCUGUCUUCUAAAUUUGUCACCUUGAAGUUUCUUUAUGUCUCUAAUGAUCUUUGAAUAAGUUGUUCUACUUAUC